AUGCCAACGGAUGAUGAUUCAAUCACAUCAUUUACCGUUGACCAAACAAAUGAACUUAGAGCAAAACUUGGAUUAAAACCUCUAAUAACAUCGACUCCGGAAACAAAAAAGGAGCCUGAAAACACUGGCCAAGACACGGAGGAGGUUAUAGAACGGUUAAAUGAAGUUAGAAGGCGUAGAGCCAGAGAAUCCCUCAUAAAGGGAGGGAGUAUCGCAGACUCUAUAAGGAAAGGAGAGUCAAUAUCGAACAAACGUAAAAAAUACGCAAAUGAAACAGAAGAAGUUGAUACAUUAGAUUUACUAACGUGGUCCAAAAAGAUGGGUAGUGUGUCAAAAAGAACAAUAACCCAGGCAGAAAAUGAAGUUACUUACAGCGAUGAAGAGGAGGAAACAAAUAAAAAAGAUGGAGACCAGAGGAGUGGGUUAAAAUCGAAAGAUACUAAAGAUAAAGGAGACUCAUCAAAAAUUAAAGUGCUGCAUAAAAUUAAUGAACUAGACCUGGUAAAGGGAGACGGAGUUACGUUGACAUUGAAAGAUGUUGGUGUGUUAGAAGCAGAAGCGGCAGGAAUCUCGGAUUUGGACUUCCUUGAAAACGUGGAGUUGGUAGAUAUGAAAAAGGAUAAAAAGAAGAUGGAACAGAAGAUGAGAAAUCAGUACGGGAAUUAUGUGCCAUACGAAGAGGACGAUGGGCUUAAUACAGGAUUCCUAAAACACUACGAUGAUAAAAUAAAGGAAACACAAGGGUUGAAGUUGACUUCACUGGCAAACGAAGAUGACGGCUUCUUUAUUAAAAUCAAUGAGCAGGAAAAUAUAGAAAGAGAGUUAGAAGACGAAAAUAAAACAUAUGAAACAAUUAGUAAAAGUAAAAGUAAAAAUGAUUUAGUUGAUGAAACUGAUAUAUUUAUGACAUUGUCACAAAAGAAAAAUAAACUAAAAAGGAAGACAAAGCAGAUGAACUGGGACAAAAUAUUUACAAAGGAAGACGUUGUGGAGUUUGAUCUAUCGAAUAUUGUACCGACGAAGAUUAAGAAGGACAUAGCAACAGUGGAUGACGACGAUGACGAUCAACUAUACAACAAAAUAUCAAAUCAUCGCAGAAGAGUUAAGAUCAAAGAAGUAAAAUCAGAAGACACAACGGACGUAAAGCCGUAUGUGGAAUUAGAUACAACGAAUGAGGGCAAAGCCAUUGAAAUCACAGCAACGACCGAGUUUAUUAACGUUGUUAAGACGCCAAUGGAAAAAAUAAUGGAUCAGGAAUCAGAGCCUAAAUAUAAUUUAAGUACUGGUGAUCACGAAGUUAAAGACGAGGAUCCAAAUACACUAGCGGAGGUACCGCUGGGCGAUGGAAUCUCAGCUGCAUUAUCGUAUAUUAAACAAAGGGGAGACUUUAUAGAGAAGAAGGCAGAUGCGCGUUCAAAGGAAGUCCAACUUAACUAUUUAGACUCAUAUGGAAAUGAAAUGACGCCGAAAGAAGCCUUUCGACACAUAUCAUGGAUCUUCCAUGGUAAAAAGCCAAGUAUGAAUAAAAUAGAAAGGAAAGUCAGAAGAAUGGAAAGAGAACGGCUAGCUCGUCAAAACCCAGUUGAGGGCCUGCCAACAAUGAAGGCAUUGUUUAGUCAUCAGGCCAAAGAAGAGACGACGCACUUGGUAUUAACCGGAAACAGAAAUAACAAUUAG